AGAGACAGAAGCAAAAGAAGAAGAAGAAAAAAAAAUGGAAGAUACGAAGAAGAAAAAGAAGAAGAAUAUUAACAAUCAAGAUUCCAAGAAAAAGGAACGUCAUAUUGUUUCUUGGUCACAAGAGGAGGAUGUUAUUCUCAGAGAACAAAUUACUCUACAUGGAACUGAAAAUUGGGCGAUCAUUGCAUCCAAGUUCAAAGAUAAAAGCACAAGACAAUGUAGAAGAAGAUGGUAUACAUAUUUAAACUCUGAUUUCAAGAGAGGAGGUUGGUCCCCUGAAGAAGAUAUGCUUUUGUGUGAGGCACAAAGAGUAUUUGGGAACAGAUGGACUGAGAUAGCCAAGGUGGUUUCAGGCAGAACGGAUAAUGCUGUGAAGAACAGGUUUACAACACUUUGUAAGAAGAGAGCUAAGCAUGAAGCUUUGGCUAUAGAGAACAGCAACUCAAACACCAAAAGAAUCUUGUUCUUAGACGGUAUCAGUACCCCGCAAAAAGCCGAGAAUGAAGCUCCUAUUGCUAAGAAAAUGAGGAGAAGUCAAAUUCUAGAUCUCACAGAUAUGAUCAGUAUCAAUGGAAAGGCUGAGCCUUGUAUGAAUCAGAACAUAAGGUCACCAUUUUCGGUAUUGGCAUGCAAUGCCAUAGGUAUUGAUGGCUUGGAGGAACAGAAUCAAAUAAGCAAUGUGAAGGAGAGUGAUGGUGAAGGGAUGUUUCUUAAGAAGGAUGAUCCUAAAGUGACAGCUUUGAUGCAACAAGCUGAACUUCUAAGCUCCUUGGCGCAAAAAGUUAAUGCAGACAACACAGAACAAAGCAUGGAGAAUGCUUGGAAGGUUCUUCAGGAAUUCUUGAAUAAAGGCAAGGAGAAUGAUUUAUUCAGAUAUGGAAUACCUGACAUCGACUUUAAAAUCGAGGAAUUUAAGGAUCUUAUAGAGGAUUUGAGGAGUGGUUAUGAAGACAAUCAACAAUCUUGGAGACAACCUGGUCUUCAUGACUCACCAGCUAGCUCGGAGUAUAGUUCAGGAUCAACUGUCAUGCUAGAUCAGUCUGGUGAUAGAACACAACCAUCACCGUCUGAUAUUCAGACAGAACAAAAACAAGUUGUAGAGGAGCUGCUCUCAGCUUGCGAUGUCCCGAGAAAUCCUGAAGAGAAUUUGCCCAUCUCGGGCGAAGAAAAGUUCAGCUCACCUAUUCAGGUCACACCAUUGUUCAGAUCACUAGCAGACGGUAUCCCAAGUCCACAGUUCUCUGAAAGUGAGAGGAGCUUCCUGCUAAAAACACUCGGGAUUGAGUCCUCGUCUCCAUGUCCAAGUGCUAAUCCUUCAAAACCACCCCCUUGCAAAAGAGUCCUUCUUCAUAGCUUGUAAACCAACCAACCAACCAUCUUUGAUCCAUCUCUCUCAUACCAUAAACCGCAGCUUUGUCUCCAUGGAGACGUGAUUUUUUCUACCACUUCUGCUUAGAUUUCAUUUUAGGUUUUGCAGCCAUAUCGGCCUGGAAGUUUUUGUGAAGCGGGCAUGCCAUGAUCUGCAUUCCUUCCUCAGGGUUUUUUUUUUUAAGUUUCGUAGUUGGUCCUAGAAUGUUAACGGUAACAUUUCUAGCCACCAUCAAAAGAAAGCUCUCAAGAAUCUGCCAUAUACUCAGAUUCAGCUUUCACUUUCUUUUCUUACUAAACAUAAGGAAGCCAUCUACAAAGGAAGGCACCAGUGUCUCUUUAAGGAAAAUUCUUUGGUUUGUCUCUAAGGGUCAUAAUCAGAUACAUCAUCUGAGCAUUUCCCUCCUGAUUUCUUGAUUUGUUUUCAUCACCUCUGUACAGAAUCUCUAUCACAUAUAUAUAUAAAGAAGUCUUUCAGUGUCA